AUGGGUUUAUUCAGGAAGGAGCUCACCAGUGGCAGCCCCCCAGUGUUUACCACAAAUCCCUGGCGGUACAGAUUGUUCGUUGGAUAUUGGGCAACACCUCCUGCUCUCAAUGGCUUUGGUUCGUUGUUGUCAAAUGCGAAACUCACAGGUUGGGUUAAAGAAACACGCGAGUGUGCUUCGUCGGCCGAUAUUGGAUGCUCAAUUGGUCUUGUGAUUGAGUCUGGAAACCAAUCCAAUGGUGCAAACUGGUAG